UACACCGAGCAGGCUUUUUUAGGGAUGAAGAGGACUCAGCCACCAGUCCAAGGUUGAGUCCGUCGUCCGACACACCAGCAACAGCCACCGACUCCCUCGCAACCACAUUCAUCCCAGAGAGCAGAGAUUCUAUCAUGACCACCAUCCCCACUUCUUUGAUUUCUCAAUCUACCCUGAGCACCACAACAAGCAAGCAAACUACCCUUACCUUGCCUGCCUCAUCAACACCCCUGAUUAUUUCUACUGCGGCAAGCUCAACGAUCGCACCAACAUCCCCUUCAACUUCAAGCAUACCCCUGACUUCUGUGGCUAGCUCAGUCACCCCUACCUCCCCUGCACCUACAAGCACACCCCUGGUUAUACCUCCCACAACCAGCACUCUAGCAAAUACCGGCAGCAUGUUUAUGGAAGUUACAACAGGUGGCGGUGAACCAUACCUGCCCCUCUAUCAACAGCCUGGGCAGUACGGUGGCCAAAUACCAAAACCUCAGGUUUCCUAUGGUAUGCCAUGGCAGAUGAACACCGUCUCUGGAAGUGGACUGAAAGAAAAGCCGUCCUACUUCCAGCCGUACCCAACACCUGAAGUCGCUAAACCAAAUCUGACCAGCUCGAGCAGCUAUCCCUCUGCAAGCUAUUUUGGCUAUGGGCCGCAACAGCCGCAGUACCAGUCGAGACCCAACUACGCUCUUCAAUCAAGUCAGAACUACGUCCCUGAAAUCAAGCCAUCCUAUGGCCAAGCUCAUGAGAAGCCCUCUUACCAGCCGAUUGAAAUCAAACCGUACCGGCCAUAUUACUUUGUGUCUGGCCAGUAUAAUAUUGCGCCUAAUGAAAUUAAAUCACCUUAUGCAGAAAACUCCUACAAACCUCAAGCGUCAAAUUUUUACAUCUCGCCCCCGAAGCAAGAGGGCCAGACUGCAUCAGUGGGAUAUUUGCAAGUGUCUCCUUUACAGCACACUUUUGUGCAGAGUGCAACUAUUUCAAGCCCCAAAGAACAGAAGCCCCAACAAAAUGAUUUUCCCACUGAUGCCAAGCCCCAGUAUCAGUACAGCUGGAGUUCUUCUGGCAGUCAAAGCCAACCAUACUCAUAUUCCCCAAUUCGUCCUUUGGCCCAGAGUUCUUACGGGAGCAACCCUGCUGUCGACCAAUCAGUUUGGUCUAAUUACGGAGGACAAUCCUGGCAAGAGGGGCCUCCUGCAGUCUCCCAAGGCCAAAGCAGGCCUAACUACGUCCAGCAAGAUGCCCCGGCAAGUUCUCAAGACUACACGAGCUACUGGCCGCAACCUUCCAACUCGUACGUCCAGCCACAAGGGCCAGUUUACAAUCAGAAACCACAGCAACCCUCGUACAGCCAAACUUCCCUCAUCUACGGAUAUCCCCAGUCGGGCAGUCAGUUCCAGCCACCUCCUAGCAGCAACUUCCAACCAAGUGCAGGAGGCCAGCCUGAGAGCCAGAAGCAGCCGUCGGCAGAUGAGGCGCCGAGCAGUCAGCAAGUGCCACCACUUUUGCUGGACCAACAGAUAGGUGGAAACAACCAGCCAACUGCGCCACAACAAUCUCCUCCUUCUUACAACGCAAUCAGCCAAUGCGACCAAACAAUUAAACUGGCAAGCGACCGCAACGAAGUGACGGAGCUGACCGUCCCUGCUGGAAAGUGCAACAUCAGUAUAGAAGCGCCAAAAGGGCGUUUGGCUUUGCAGCUGAAAGGCAUCAUGAUUGCCUGUGAUGAGCAACAAGGCAUCACAGUUUUCGAAGCUGAGAAUACUCUGUCUCUGACGAGACUGUGCGGUCAGGUGCCAGAGACUCCACUGUACCUAAUGGAGAGCCCAAAAGCAAGACUAGAGGUCAAAUCGAGGGGUCUGAAGUUCACUCUCACAUCAUUUCUGUGGUAACACUUAAUAACACUAUAAUGUUGUAAAUAUUAAUAAUUUUAAAUAAAUGUUGUUGAUUUUUCUAUAA